AAUCUAAAGAAUAGGCAGCUAACAGGCAGAACCGGAUUCUCCAGGUGUGAGGCAGGACUCCAACUGCUCAGGUGGAAAAGCAACAAAAGGAACAAGACAAAGAAAAGACCAAAGGAGCAAAGGAGACGAGGAUACAAAGGAAGAAACAAGGAGACCAUGUAGGAGACUACUGCAAUAAACCAGGUAUCAUUUCUACACUAUCCUUGACUGGAUCAUCAUUCACGAACAUCUGGAACAUCUCUAGUUAUGGCAAGGUUUUUAUCUCAUGAAGCAGUUCAUUCCAGCUUCAGACAGCUCUGCUUGUGAGAAAAGUCUUCUUUACACCAGAUCAAACCUCACUCCGUGUAAUUUCCACCUACUGCCCUUUGGAGUUAUGCCAGGAGGAAAGGGAAGAUGAAAGACCGACUUCAAGAACUAAAGCAACGAACAAAGGAAAUUGAGCUCUCUAGAGACAAGGAUGUGUCAACUACAGAAGCAGAGGAACAAGGGCUGUUUCUGCAGCAAGCUGUUAUUUAUGAAAGAGAGCCUGUAGCUGAGAGACACCUACAUGAGAUACAAAAACUACAGGAGAGUAUUAACAAUUUGACAGAUGAUGUUCAAAAAUUUGGGCAGCAGCAGAAAAGUCUGGUGGCUUCAAUGAGAAGGUUUAGUCUACUUAAGAGAGAGUCUAGCAUUACGAAAGAGAUAAAAAUCCAAGCAGAACACAUUAAUAGAGGUUUGGAUGAUUUAGUAAAAGAAGUUAAAAAGUCAGAGGAUGAAAAUGGCCCAUCAUCAGUGGUCACAAGGAUACUCAAAUCUCAGCAUGCUGCAAUGGUUCGCCAUUUUCAGCAAACUAUGUUUAUAUACAAUGACACAAUAGCAGCAAAGCAAGAGAAGUGCAGGACAUUUAUUUUCCGUCAGCUUGAAGUUGCUGGAAAAGAAAUGCCAGAAGAAGAAGUAAAUGAUAUGCUUCAUCAAGGAAAAUGGGAAGUUUUUAAUGAAAGCUUACUUACAGAAACCAGUAUCACUAAAGCACAACUCUCAGAGAUAGAACAGAGACACAAAGAACUUGUUAAUUUGGAGAACCAAAUAAAGGAUUUAAGGGACCUUUUCAUUCAGGUAUUUCUUUUAGUAGAGGAGCAGGGAGAAAGCAUCAACAAUAUUGAAGUGAUAGUGAAUGGCACAAAAGAGUAUGUUAACACUACUAAAGAAAAAUUUGGACUAGCUGUAAAAUACAAAAAAAGAAAUCCUUGCAGGGUAUUAUGUUGCUGGUGUUGUCCAUGCUGUAGCUCAAAAUAAAGAAGCUAUUUUAGAA